AAGAAACCAUUUAGCCUCUUUAAAAGGCUACAAAGACAAAGUGGAUAACUCUCAAGAAAGCAAGAAACAUGGUGAGUGUCCAAUCUCAAUCCAUUGUAAUCCCUUCCAAACCAACUCCUAAUCCAAAACUCUUCUCAUUAUGUGAACAAAUCAAGCUUCGCACUCAUGCUCCUCUCCUCUAUGUCUUCAAACCACAUAAUCACAAAAACACCUCAACUUUCCUUGAAACACUUAAAAAAUCCCUUAGCCAAGCUUUGGUUACUUACUAUCCACUAGCGGGAAGGUUGAGUUUGAUCAAAGGUGGAAGAUGGGAAAUUCAUUGUAAUGCCAAAGGAGCACUUCUAUUAGAAGCCAAAUGUGAAGAAUUAACCAAUUUGAACCAAUUGGGUGAUUUUGUACCAACUAAUUUGGUAUCACAACUCAUACCAAACAUUAAUUACAAUCUUCCCAUUGAAGAUAUUCCCUUAUUGGCAGUGCAACUUACAAGGUUCAAUUGUGGCGGUUUUACAUUAGGUGUUGCCUUAUGUCGAGCCGCAACUGAUGGAACCGCAACCAUGUGUUUCAUGAACGCGUGGGCUAAGUUGGCGCGUGGAGAGAAUUUGGAUUCAAGUGAAUUUCCGUGUCACGAUCGAACCGUGUUGAAUUCAUACAAACUCAUACAUUCUCCAUCCUUACAUCGACAUCAUCAUGAGUUUGACAUGCCUCCUAUUCAGGUAGGUCGUGAUGUGGGCAACACUAGAGAAGUGAGUGUUGCUAUUUUAAAACUCACACAAGAACAAGUUUCAAUACUUAAGAAAAAUGUUAACUCUCGCAUGAGUUUUCAACCCACCUCCAAAGAUGUCCCUAGGACAAAACCUUACUCAACUUUUGAGGUUAUUGCAGGAUAUCUUUGGAGGUGUGUCAGCAAAGCACGUUGCAUGGGAAAUAGUGACCAACCCACAAGGUUGUCCACAUUAGUUAAUUGUAGAAACCGCUUAAAACCACCUCUUAUUAGUGGUUAUGCUGGGAAUGCAGCAUUUCCAACAAUUACACCAAUUCGCUCCUUUAAUGAUCUUAUUCGCAAGCCUUUGGAUGAUGCGGUUGAAGAUGUUCAUAAAGCACUUGAAAGAGUAACGGAGGAAUAUGUAAUGUCAGCACUUGAUCACAUAGAUAGGGAGAAGGACAUGGAUUUGUUGAGAUAUAAUUUCCACUAUCCAGCAAAGAGUGUGUGCAAGGGACAAUACAAGGGAAACCCAAAUCUUUUUGUUGUAAGUUGGAUGAAUUUUUCGUAUAAGGAUGCAGAUUUUGGGUUAGGAGCACCUGUUUAUUUUGGGCCAGGGUACAUGGAUUCUGAAGGGAAGGCAUUUAUUAUGAAUAAUAAUGGUGGUGAUAUUGUGGUGGCGAUUUCUUUGGAGGCAUCUUGUAUGGAUAAAUUGAGGAAAUUUUUCUAUGAUGAUAUCAAAGAGGUGUUUUCUACUUCCAAAUUGUGAUGGGCGUAGUCCAAAUAUUUGACACCGAAAUUUUCUUGCAU